AUGGUAUCAGAAACUUACGGUAGUUUACUUUGCCCAAUAUUGUUAAAAUUAAUUCCAUCAGAGAUUACGUUAGAAUACAGUCGCAAUAGAAACAGUGACCAAACAUGGAACGUUAACGAAUUAAUGGAAUUUAUUCGUAAAGAAAUCGAAAGCUGCGAAAGAGCUACGCAGUUAAAUGAUGAUGUGAAAAGGAUUAUGAUGCUUGCUAGUUUCAAUAUGAGAAAGUGGAGGAGCAAUAACGCCCAAUUACAUGCGAUUUGGAAUGCAGCUGAAAAUACGAAGUUUAAUGGAGACGGAAUGAAUAGCACUUUGUUAGGAUAUAUUUGGAAUCAUGAAGCAGAUAAACUGAAAUUUCGAAUCAAAGAUGAAUUACUCAAGGAUCCGGCUGAGGAAAUAACAAAACGGAAGAUUCUUCAAGUUGCGGGCGAACUAUACGAUCCUAUCGGUUUCAUAUCUCCCUUUGUUGUUGCAGCUAAAAUGAUGAUGCAAGAAUGUUGGCAAAGAGGAUACCAAUGGGAUGCACCACUUGAUCAAGAAUUGCAGAACCGAUUUAAAACCUGGUAUAAUGAAAUUCCUAAAUUAAAAAAUGUUGAAAUUCCAAGACAUUAUUUCAACAAUCUGUCAAAAGAUAGUAGCCAAAAGGGAUAUGGUGCCGUUGUAUAUUUGAGAUACAAUGAAAAUGAGCUAACAAAAACAUCAUUUGUUAUGUCCAAAGCAAGAGUUGCUCCCAUAAAAAGGGUUACGUUACCUCGACUGAAGCUUUUAGGAGCAGUCAUAGGAGCUCGACUCAUGACAUAA